AUGCUCUCGAAUCUUUUGGAAGCCCCGUCAUUGAGUGAAGAACAGAACGCUUCGAAUGAAGACGGUCCAGGCUUCAGUAUCGACAUUUCUUCAUUGAUGAAUUUAUCUAAUUUGCAAGGCCAGAGCCCGCGAAAGCCCCAAGAAAAGAAACGUCGACACAGAAUAAGCUUGGAGACCAAGAAAGCUAUAAUUGACAUGCACGAUGCCAAGCUGCCUUUGAAGGUAAUCUCCGCAAAAUAUGGGCUUACAAAAUCGACCAUUUCAUCAGUAGUGAAUCAAAGAAAAAUUGUGGAACAAGCGUGGACAUUGGGAAGACAAGGGAAAAGUUCCAAACUGAGGAAAGGAAAGUACCCGGAGGUGGAACAAGGCAUCUUAGAUUGGAUCAGUGCUGAGAGAGAGAAGGACCCCGAAGUUCAAUUUCCAGGACUUUUGAUUCAGGUAAAACAACGAAGCUUUGAGAAUGAUGAUUAAAUUGAUACUUUUUAUAUCCUGUGAUAUUUGCUUUCUAUAAGACUUUUUUUAAUACAAAAACAAAAUUCAAAAAUAUUGAUGAUUUCAGGAGAAAGCCACAGAAAUUGCAAAAAACUUGAAUGUCGAUUUUCAAGCAUCUAAUGGAUGGCUUCAACGAUUCAAGACUCGAUUCCGUGUCUUCUUCAAGAAUGGGACCCUCAAUCGAGAAAUUGAUCCAGAUCUUGCCCAAAAACCCGAACUCAGUUCAGUCCCGUUAAGGAAGCGGAAAGUCGACGAGACCGAAGCCAGCUACUCUUCGGAAGAAUUGCUGAUAUCUAAAUGGCUUCGAGAAUUCAAAGAGAGCUCGGAUUCUGUGGUUGAAAUAAAAUCAGAGCCGAUUACAAUGGAAGAGCUGUUCGAUGAUCCCGCGGAAACUUCAGACGGCCCAGAAAAGGAAGUUCAAGAUAAAGCAACGGCAACAAUUGAGACAAGAACCGAGACAGAAGUCCUAGAUAAAGAUAAAAAGCCUCAGUUGGCAGUGAAAAUCUGCGAAUCCACCCCUUUACCCAACGAUCAACUUGUUCUUGAGCAAAUCGAAGUUCCGAAUUUGAUUGAAGCAAUCAAAGCAUGUGAUGUAUUGUCCAGAUACCUUCAAAGUCGACCAACUGGGAAUUCAAGAGCUUUUCAACUGUUAUUGGCAUUAGAACGGGAGAUUGUUCAAAGUUUGUAG